GCAACUUUCAACAACAGUAACACAGAUUCUUCAAGUGGCAACAGAAGUUUUAUUCUCUGCUGUUUUACUUUUUAUGAUUUAAAUAAUACAUUUUCAGUGUGCGAAAAUGACUUCGACGUUACAGCCUUAUAGUGAGACUCCGAAUGAAACUUACACAUUUUCUAGUCGUCCACGACCUGUUCCACCUCGGCUCAAAUACAAGGAGCACUCGAUUUCACAAAACGAAGGACAAGGAAUCUAUGGAAACAUUAUGUAUGAUCGCCGUGUCGUUAGAGGAAAUACCUAUGCCCAACACGUUCUACCAGGUCCCGACCUUGUCGAGAUUCAAAGGCAGCAAGAGGCUAGAAAAAGAGCCAUCGCGAAAAACCGGGCAAAAGAGCAGUUUCGCUCAAGAACCCCAGACGCACUUCAGGGGAGAAAACACACAGAUAUGCAGACUGAGUUAUACUUGGAAGAGUUGAGUGAUCUUACUGAGGAUACCAGCGUGGGAUGUCAAACAGAUGCAUUCCUGGACAAACCAAUCACUCCUCUCUUCAUUCCUGCCAAAUCUGGAAAAGAUGUAGCCACACAAAUAGAGAAAAGCGAGCUUUUUGACUUUGAUGUGGAAGCGCAGCCUGUGUUAGAGGUGCUAGUAGGAAAGAUCAUGGAGCAGGCUUUGCUGGAGGUUUUAGAGGAGGAAGAGCUACAUGCCUUGAGGACACAACAACGCGCCUUCCAGGAUCUACAUGACGCUGAAAUGGUGGAAGUUGAGCGCCUGGAGGAGCAGGAGAGGCGUCGCCAUGAGGAGAAGGACUGCAGAAUUAAGCAGAAAAGAGUAGUUCUGGAGAAGGAGAAAGAGACAGCAGAAAAAAUUGCUGCUAGAGUGUUUGCUCAGCAUUAUCUGGCUGACCUGCUUCCCUCAGUCUACACCACUCUGAAGGACCAUGGCUAUUUCUCAGACCUAGUGCAGAGAGAUAUAGAGACAGGAUUCCUUCCCUGGCUGGUGGCAGAAGUAAACAGUGCUUUGGAGAAGCGCCAAAUUGCACUUACAGUGUUUGACAUUCUCAUCCAAAAUGUGACCAACUGGAGAAGAGAGACGUUUCAGAUUGUCAACCCUGAGUGAGAUUUCCUUCCUCUAUUGGUUGUUUCUGAGAUGGACUACAGGACUAUGGCCUAUAGGACAUGUCAAAAUUCAUCAAAAAUUCAACAUUAAAUAACUAAUUGAGAUGAAUAGAAUUUAGCCUUUAAUUGUAUAUCAAAACUCAGAAUGAAAACAUGCUAAGUGCAUGCUAUGUGUUUCAAUUUCACUGUUAUAUAAGAAAUUACUUAUAAUACUUAUAAUUACUUAUGAUAAAGAAAAUGUAAAAUCUAUACAGACAUUAAACUUCUCUGACAUA